GGGCUCGGGCGGGCUCUUUAGAACGCCCGGACCCCAUAGUACAAGCACGGCGAUUUUCCAAUCGUGUCAACGGAGGGAAGACGGAGACAUUUGCCCACCACUUACUAAGCAGAUGUAUGGCAUAUCAGCGACAGAUGGACCGAGUCGGUCUAAUCUUCUCCGGCGACCUGGACGAUCAUUCGUCGUGUUGACGUACUGCGAGUCGUGUUUGAUGGAAACUGUGACCAUUGCGUGAUAUCCUGGAUAAAUAUACUUCCAGACAGCAGAGUGCAGCUAGUUCGAAGACUGUGACCAUUGCGCGAUAACCUGGAACAUCUUACAGAUAGACAGGGUGGCACUACUCUGUAGUCCCGUUCGGUUCUAUAUAAAAGACACAUGAAACGUCUUGAUCUGUAGAAUAGAACGCAAGUUAAUCAUAGCAACGUAUCUCAACCAUAACUCCUCUGUCUCCCACUCGUUCCAACUGCAUAAUACAUUACACAAUGGCCCCGACCAUCCUCGUUGUUGGCGCCACGGGCAACACCGGCCGAAGCGUUGUCGAGACGCUGUCAAAGUUCCUGAACGGCAGUGACAACACCACCCUGCCAGACCACCAAGUCGUCGCCCUGACGCGUUCCCUGAACAACCCUGUGGCACAGCACCUCGCCACGCUCCCUGGCGUGCAGGUACUCGAGCACAAUUGGGUCGACAUUACGGCCGACUGGCUGCGUGGGCACCAAGUCGUGCGAGCCUUUAUCGCCUCUCCCGUUCAGCCCAGUCAGUUUGCCGAGGAGUCGGCCUUCCACCUGGCCGCGCUGCGGGCCGGGGUGCAGUACGUGGUGCGCAUCUCGACGACCGCCCCCAACGUGCGCCCAGACUUCCCGGCCUUCUACCCGCGCCAGCACUGGGCCCUCGAGGUCAUGCUCGGCUCGCCGGAGUUUGCAGGUCUGCAGUGGACCUCCCUGCAGCCCAACGUCUUCACCAACUUUUAUCUUGCGACCUCCGUCGAGUGGAUCAAGCAGGUUCGCAAAACCGGCAAGCAGGACACGCCGCUGCGGUUGAUGGCAUCAAAGGACGCACCCGUAGGCGUCAUCCACCCUGACGAUGUCGGAGAGUUUGCAGCCAAGCUCUUAGUCCAACGGGACACUGCGGCGCACAACAAGGCCAAGUACGUGCUGAACGGGCCCGAGGACGUGACGGGCGAGCAGAUCGUCCGAAUGGUGGAGCAGUACAUCGGUGCGCAGGUCGAAAACGUCGUCUACAAAGACGUGACGAUGGUCGAUGGCAUGGCGGCCGCCGCCGAGGCUGCUGGGCAAUCCAAGAGUAUCAUCUUGUCUAUCAAGCACGGACCGGUGGCGGCCUGGGAGGGCAAGUGCACGGCUGCGACGACCAGCAAGGAGGUUCUGGAGCUCGCUCCGCCGACUAGAACCGUUGCGGGUGCAUUCAAGGCAUUGUUGGAGGAUGAGGCGUAGAGUUUAGUACGAUUCAGUCACGGGCGUGUAUGUACUGUAAAGUCUUGAUUCCGUAGGUGAGGAUGACCAGCCGCAAGGAGCCGUGGGGGAAACUGGCUGCACCGUCCAUUGGAUAGGGUGUACUGUGUAUACACUGUAUCCGUACAAUAUCGUACAUGUAAUUGAGGGUCGGGAUGACUUAAUGUACCCGUGGACGGAGUAUACCUGGUACCUACUACGAUUUCUUUUGGUCGACCUAAUGAACCUCAGGCUGCGUGGGGCCGUGCUCAGGCCCAGGGGUCGCAUUGCCCCGCCCCAUCUUGGCAGCAGCCAAUCAGCACCAUAGAUACGGCAGUUAACGGAG